CACAAAUUGAAGAGCAAACCUUCGGGAGGCGCUGAUUUUACCUGAAGUGGUUACGGCAUAUCCCCCAUGUUGACCACAUUCUCACCAGGCAAAUAAAGUCGACGUGUUUAAUUUUAUAGACUUAGGGGCGUGGCUGACCUAAUUUAACUUAUAAAGGGCACAACACGUAUGGUCAAACAGGUGGUAAUUUGUAGCCAGUUAGUAUCCAACAUGUCCCGACUUUCGUGGUUUGUACUCUUUGUCACGUUUCUCACGAAGCUGUGGACCACAGCCCAAGCCGUUUACGUGGACGAUGGAAAUCCGUUCGAAGAAGGGGACCUGGACGUCCUUACGUUGUCUAUCAGCCAGAAUGAUGCUCCUAUGCUAACCAAAGUUUAUUACCCGACGAGAAUCGACACAUACGCCGUCCUCUUCUUCACUGGGGGGUACCAAGGCGACAUCCCUUCCGAACUAUACAGCGAUGUGUUAGUGCGGAUUGCCAGACACGGGUAUGUGGUCAUCGGUGUAGACUACAUGCCCAUGGAAACGGUACAAGCUAACGUAAGAGACAGGACUCCGAGGCUUGUAGGCGACCACACACAGAAAUACAUGGAAGAACUGCAGUGGGUAACAAAACACCUGGAGGGAAGAAUCGCCAAGCAGCUGAACCGAACCGGACUGGUGCCGGACUUCAGCCACCUGGGGAUCGGCUGCCACUCAGCGGGAUGUGACCCACUGGUUAAGAUGACCCUGCAGCAUCACACCUUCUCAAAGGCAGCCCUAUUGCUAGAACCAUUCAGCUUUAACUAUGCAACCCCGGUGACGUUCAAAAUGCCUGCCCUCAUACUCGGCACGGAGUUGUCGACCCAACCACACGUUUGCGUCCGUCCUGGACAGGGGUACAAUCACUUCUACGACAUGUGGAAGUGUCCACGAAUGCUGAUGGAAGUCAAGGGUCAUGGCCAUUGCGACAUGUACAACGAAACGUGGUACAAAGCGUGCCAGUUAACCCACUUCUGUAAGACCAACCCAGACGUUGACAUCAACAAGUACCACGGCUUCGUCCAGGGCAUCAGCGCGGCCUUCCUCACCACCACCCUACAGGGGCGGGACAAGCUGCAGUACAUCACCAACACUACCGCACUACCUGUGGAGCUGAUGGAGUUUAAGAUAGACAUGAACUGUUGAUGUUGAAAGUUUGGAAUCUGGAGAACAAAAUAUCCAGUGUCGAAUGAUUGCAUUACACUGGUGUGCAUAUUUUAUUCAAAUAUUUAUAAAGUCAAACGAGUGGUUAACACAUGCGGGAAUGAUUUUGAAAAAAAGAACUUAUAUAUAUCUGUAUACUGUCACUGUGCUUCUAGAUUGAUAACAUGUCACUUAUCAUAAGCAAAUUGGCUUUUUAUUGUAACCAUGUGCAGGACACAUGUAGUAUAAAUUGGUGAGACCUUUGCAGUUAUGAUCGGUGUCACAAGAGGCGCUUUUGGGCAAUCGUUAAAGAGGCCCUGUUCUUUGACCAGGGCAAGUCUUGUCAAUUUUGGGACUACAAAUGUGUAGAUAGGUAUAUGCGUAAGAACUACUGUGCAUCUUCUAGAAAGGAAUGAUAAAGAGUAUAUUCUAGUAUGUUAUCGGAAAUAAGAAUGCCAUACUCAAUUCAUUUUCAAAGGAGCAAACUAAUAAACAGACCAUGAAACUAUACUGCAACAAAGCUCCCGUGUCAACAUACAUUUGUAUCUGCAGCACCUCAGGCGUCUGUACUUUAGACUCCCAGGUUAUAUCAUCGCUUAACCCAUGAUAAGAUAGUUUGGAUAAAGAUACGCGAGGAUCUGAAAAAAAACAACAAGCAUCGA